CACAGAGUGCGAGCGGCUCGAGCUUCGUGACCUGACCGUUGGCCCGCAUCUGCUUCCAGGAAUCUUUGCGAGCGAACGUCCGAGACAGCCCUUGUGCCCACGGCGUUCCUGCCGAGAGCAUCUGCCUGUCCGCCAACUCUACCGACAGUUAUUCUCGAGCCCUCCGGCUUCUACCUUCGACCGCCACGUUCUUCCACUAGCCGACGUAGCAUUACCGAGCAAACAUGACGACAAACUAUUCGUAGGCACAGUGAUCAUCCUGCUUCUCCUGAUCGCGGGACUGCUUUUCAUCUACUUGAGCGGAUCGUCCGCUGGAGCUAGCGCUCACAUUGGCAGCGGGGAAGGCGAGUCCUCAGGGGGAGGCGACGGAAGUUCAGGACCAUCGGGACCCUCGGGACCCUCGGGACAGUUCAUCAAGGCAACACCGCCACCACCGACGACCCGAGCGACGCGGCGCCACCGCACAAUAGCUGUUCAAACCACAUCACCAACCCCAGACCUAAUCCAAGAGACACCCCACACGGCGCGUCCAGUGCCGAAGAAGCGCGAACCGUACGAGGACCUCCUCCUGUGCACGAUAAGUCACAGGGCAAUAUUCAAGGAGAUGUACCCACCAGACGGCCACUGUGACUUGCUCUUCUACACUACAGCUUACUACGAGCCCUCGUCCAAGGAGUUUCUGGGCGCGCGAGAUCAAUUCAGCUUCGACGUGUUCCGCAGCCAAGCGAGAUCGGCUGGUGCGAACAGCAAGACCGGCUACGGCGUGUCUUUCGAUUACACCACCUACCGGACUCCACCGAAAGCUCCGGCAAAACUGGAUAUCGCGUCAGGCUUGCCCUCCUCGAGGCCCAUGCGCUCGAUCCGUCCACAUUGUGAGCGCGCGAAGGGGUACUCAAGCCUCAUCGACGACGAACUCAAGCGAACGCCAGCGCAGCAUGCCUUUCAAGCACUGUGGAACAACAACAUCUACCACUACGGCAUGCUGCACAUUUUGGACUCACUGAAGAGGCUCACAUACAAGAAUCAACUACGGCUCAUCAAGACGAUAAAAGAAAGACAGGAUGCCUUGGGAGCAAGUAAAAAUGGACAACGCGUCCUUGGAUUCUUACAGGUAUACAAGAGCGAUAUUACAACACUUGUAAACUUCACUCAGUGGAAUUAUCCAGUCACCAUAAUCGUGACAUGCGGUCACACGUGGAAGGCCUCUUAUGAUGAUGUUAUACGUGUGCCACAACUAUGGAUAGGACCAAAAAUGACCAACUUGAACGACAUUGCCAGUCAUUGGGCAAAGGUGAAGAUCAACGACAACGUCAGAAUCAUGGUGUCAUUUACCAUGUCGGCCUCGGUGUGGAUCACAAAAGGCAGCACCGGCAGCGCUACGAACCCCUUGAGCUAUAGAUGCAAAUGGUGGAACCCUGUGGUAUACGUGCAGAGUUGCAAAGACACGUUCAGCAAGACAAAGUAUAUCCCGAGCGCUGAGACCAUGAUCAGCAGCAGCAAAGGCCUUGAAGUUUUGCUGGCGUUCGACACCGCGGAGAACCUCAGGAAAAAGACGGAGUUGUUCUUCGCUCGAGUGGGAAACCUGCCGAAAAAGCAUGGCUUGGCACUUUAUGACGUCGACUUCGACGACUACACUAACGCGUGCGGCAAGGGCGCCUUUCAACGGCUUAAGACGCUUAGCCGGUACUUGCAUUUGUAACGCGGCCGACCGCCACUGCUCACAAGCGACCACCCGCUGCCCCUGCUUUCCCCGCUGUCUGCAGUGAAAUAAACACGCUGUUCGCUGCAGAUUACCAAGAUACCUGCAUCCAAUGA